UUGAACUAAACGGAAGAAACCUAAUAUAUUGCGUUCUGUUACGUUACUAUAUCUCGUAUUAACGAAAACUACUUUUAAAACUACUUUUUUAUCAAGAAUUUAAAAAGAAAUACUAAGGGUGGUUAUAGAGAACUGUGCAACAAUUAAAAAAAUUGUGGGCAAAUUUAAAGCAAAGCCAAAGGGAUGCCUUAACUAAGGAAAAGCAAGCGCGUUUAGCAACUGGUGGGGGACCACCAGAACCAGAAGCAAGUGUUGAUCCUGACAUCCUCAAUAUUGCACCACAUCUAAUGGAAACUGCUCCAGUAUUAUUCACGUCAAAUAUGUCCGAAAAAGAAAUUGAAGAUAAACGCGAACUUGCAAUCAAUAUGUUAUCUAAUAAUGAAAACAUAGUUAUAUUAGAUAACAAUUUGAUAAAUGAUGACAAUAAUGCAAAAAUGAUUGAUUCACAAGACCACGAGUUUGAUAUAUAUUUCAAUAAAAAUAAAAUAGACGAAACAAACAAAGAACAUUUGAAUGAUAAUGAUGUAACAAUUGUUGAAUUACAAGAUACACUUUUAAAGAAAUGUAACAAAGAAAUCUCAAACAUUGCAAAUGUACAACGUAAAAAGAGAAAACUCCAAAAAUUGUUGAAUACAGAAGAUAAUUUACAAGCACAACGUAUUCAACAAAUUAUAAAUCAAGAGCAAGACUUAGCGACUGUUAAAAUAAGACAUGAAGAAAAUAUGAAUAAAAUGAGAGAAGAUCAUUUGAAACGCUUAAAUGAAAUGGAAAUACUACAUAAAACAGAAAUGAAUAAGUUGGAAAUGGAAAUUAACAAAACAAAAUUAAAG